AUGUUUCAAGGGAAGCUUCCUUUUGAUGAUGUUCCCGUUCAACCUCAGAAUAACAAGAACAUUCCACGUGGAUACGAGACGUUUGUUGAAUAUGUCGAAUAUUUAGCGACAUCUCCACAGAUUGAUCCUGGAUUUUGUUCUGAUCACAUUACACAAUUCUUAAUCACACCAAAAGUCAAAGAUGAAUAUAAGAAGCGUGUUCUCUUUGCUCUUAGCAGCAUAGAUCUUCCAGAUAGCUUUUGGUCUCCACUUUUUGCCCAAUUCAAGACUCAGCUUUCACCAAAAUGGAAAUUUGCCGAAGAAUUCCUCCUUUGCAUCAGCACAGCACCAACAAGUUCUAUUUUACAAGAGUUUAACACUUUUAAUUUUAUCAAUCAAUUCCUUGACGAUCAAAACGUCGAAAUUCGUUUUUCAGCCUUCUCCACACUCUACAAAUUCCGAGAUAACAUUGUUAUUACUGAUAAAAUGGUUCAAUCCAUUCUAGACAACCUUACUAUGAAAAGUCCGAAGCUUGUGUUCCUAUCUGUUAACUGGAUCAUGUUCUUGAUCUCUGUUGACUAUCCCCGCAUCCAGGAAAUCUUAGCUCCUUACAAAGAUCAAAUAUUUGAUAUUCUUCCUGUUUUAGGACAUUUAAUCAACCAGAAGCAGGUCGAAUUCAUCCUUAACUUCACGCAGCCAACAAUCAGCCAGCAAAUCGCCCCUGUUACCCACUCUUCCAUCUCAACUGCUUGUUAUAUUUUAUCAUCUCUACCAUUGGCCAACGAUUUCCCAUCGAUAUCGAAUCUCCCACUCAAUGUUGUACUCCCUCUUUACAUUGACAUCAUCAAAAACACAUUUUCUAAUGGUCUUCGCCUUGAAUUAUACACAGCUUACUUAAAGAUCCUUAUUCAAGCAGAAGCACCUGCACAAGACAAGAUAUUCUUCGAAACAAUCAGCGAUAUGCUAUUACAGGAGCAAGGACAAACAGAAUUCAAGUUAGUUGCUUUAUAUGCAACAGUUGCUCGCAUGUACAGCCUUCUUCCUAACAUUAUGGAUAAGGCUUCAGGUCCUGGCGUCAAUCCGAACUACUUCUCAAAGCUUGUUGCCGUUUCUUGCAUCAUUGGCAUCAAAGAUAACACAAAUCAUAUCAGAGACAUCAAGAAAUUACUUACAUGGACCAGGAAAGAUGCUUCCUGGUACGUAGCUACCGGUGCAGCCUUUCUUUACUUAUUUAAUUGCAAUAUGUACACAGUUGACUCAUUACAAGAGCUUAUUGAUAUCUCGAUAUCCAUUACAGAUGACAGAGUUCGUGCCAUGUUACUUAUUUACCUCUCAUACUUUGCUCCUGUGAAUUUCAAAUCAAAUCUUGUUGUUCAGAUGAAGAAUCUCCUCUUCCCGCACUUAUUUACCAAAUAUCCCGACGUCAUAGACUUCAAGAACAUCAAGAUUCAUGAGAAAUUGCCACUUCUUCUCAGAGUCGGAUUAACUCGCUGCAUUGGAGCCCUCGCUCAGCCAGAUGAGCUCGAGGACAUCGAUGAAGAGAUGAAGGCCCCUCUGAUUUCAUCAUUUAAAGCUGGGCCAUUGACCGGCGAAGAACUUCUUGUAGAUCCAUUUUUCCUUUGUACGUCGAAAGACAUCGGAUACCUUUCCAACGGUAUCUCCGAUAUCAACAAGCUACAGUCUUUCAGCGUAUCAAGGCCUUAUACAAGAGUUUCUCCAACAUCCCACGCAUUGAACGUAGAAGUCGCUUCCCAGAUCACAGCGAAGAACAAAUCGAUAGCUCUCGAUGUAAGACUGAGCGUCCAGCAGCUCACAACCUCUCUAAAAGUGUAUUUCGACAUUCCAUCGAAUUUCACUCCGAAUCAGAUUUCUCCUUGGGUCAUUGCCGACCUUAACGCUGGCUCUAAGAUCAACCAUACGAUCACUUUUACGUCAAACAAGAUGACAAACCCCAAUAUUGGAAUAAGAGUUGAACAAGAUGGACAAGAAGUCUUGAAUAUCAAACUCUGCGUACCAAUAAUCGAUAUGUUCUACAAGAUAGACCACGACGAUGAAGUAGCUAAGCAUAUCUGGGGUAAAUUGCCUUGCCAAGGAAAUGCUGACGGAUUAAAGGACGGAAUGUGGGUCUGCUGGAAUGGAUGCGUCGGAAUAAAGAAUGGUAUCGCUAGAUCUGAUGUUCCUGCAUUCUUAAAGAUGCUUCCUUCUUCAAGUCAAACUGUUUCAAUUAUUGAAUAA